UGAGCCGCCCCGAACAGCCACUCAAUUUGCGCCCCCCCUCUCUCUCUUAAACAAAAAAAAUAUCUCGCAUCACCUACAGAGAAUCUCUCCGAAAACAAAUUUAGCGUUUUCAAUCUUCAUCUGAAAUUCACAAGCAGAAUUUAAUGUCGGAUGAGAGCUUGAGAUCUCUAUCACUAGAUUGUUUAAAUCUUCUAAUAAAUGGUCAGGCUUUCAGUGACGUCACCUUCAGUGUCGAGGGUCGUUUGGUUCAUGCGCACCGAUGCAUCUUAGCAGCGAGGAGCCUCUUCUUUCGAAAGUUCUUCUGCGAAGCCGAAACAUCGGGUGAUCACGGUGGGAGGACUAGCGGCGGUGCCUUGGCGUCGUCGCCGCGUGGAGGCGGUCCGAAUUGCCAGGUCAUCCCCGUGAAUUCAGUAGGGUACGAGGUUUUCUUGUUGAUGUUGCAAUUCUUGUAUAGCGGUCAGGUCUCGGUUGUGCCGCAAAAGCAUGAGCCGAGGCCUAAUUGCGGGGAGAGGAGUUGUUGGCAUACGCAUUGCACUGCAGCCGUUGAUCUUGCUCUUGAUACUCUUGCGGCCGCUAGAUCUUUUGGGGUCGAACAGCUUUCUUUGCUUACUCAGAAGCAACUGGAAAGCAUUGUGGAGAAGGCCUCGAUUGAAGAUGUAAUGAAGGUUUUAAUAGCCUCGAGAAAGCACGAAAUGCAGCAGCUGUGGAAUACUUGUUCUCAUUUAGUUGCGAAAUCUGGUCUUCCACCCGAAAUCCUAGCCAAGCAUCUCCCCAUCGAUGUCGUAUCCAGAAUCGAGGAGCUUCGUCUCAAAUCAUCACUCAUUCAUCACUCUGUCGUGCCCCACCACCACAUCGCCACAUCUGCUGACUUCGAGGAUCACAAAAUCCGACGAAUGAGGCGAGCUCUCGAUUCCUCUGACGUGGAAUUGGUCAAACUCAUGGUCAUGGGAGAAGGCCUUAAUCUGGAUGAAGCACUGGCACUGCAUUAUGCCGUAGAGAAUUGCAGCCGAGAAGUCGUCAAGGCAUUGCUCGAACUCGGCGCAGCCGACGUGAAUUUCCCCUCGGGCCCAGCCGGGAAAACCCCCCUCCACAUUGCGGCCGAGAUGGUCUCACCAGACAUGGUCUCGGUACUAUUAGACCACCACGCAGACCCGAAUGUCCAAAUGGCCGAAGGAAUCACUCCUCUCGACGUGCUCCGAACCCUAACAUCCGAUUUUCUCUUCAAAGGGGCCGUUCCAGGACUCACACAUAUUGAGCCUAACAAGCUUCGGCUGUGUCUCGAGCUCGUACAAUCAGCCGCUCUGGUGAUCUCAAGAGAAGGAGGUGGCGGAAGUGAACCUAAUUCUUCGCAAGCCAUUUAUCCGCCGCCUCUGAUGAGCAGCGAAGAUCAUCAAAGCAGCGGAGGGAGUACAGGUGGCAAUCCGAAUCUGGAUUCGAGGAUGGUGUAUCUUAAUCUCGGAGCAGCAGCACAUUUGAACGAGGGAGAUAGUCGAAAUGCCCAAAGGGAUCAUCCUUCUUCCAUGUAUCACAAUUCUCAUCACGCCUACUAAUAAUUGACUAGCCAUUGCCAACAUUAACUAUAUAUAUUUUGUGUCGAAUUAGUUCCUGACAUAAUCCAUAUUUUCUUUAUAACGAAGAUCAAGCCGUUUGGGACUGGCUAUA